UAAACAAUAAUGAUAGGAGGCGCUGCAGGGAAAGGAGGAACAAGUGGAGGAGGAGGAGAAACAUGUUAUGAACGAGAGAUGGCAGCAGGGCAACAAGUGGGCGUUUACUGCUGCUAACUGCCGGGAAGAAGAAAAAUACGCACACACUCUUACUCUCCCUCACACACUCUCAGGGCUUCGCUCACUCUGCACGCUCUCGUCAUCACCAUGUCGUCCACCACUGCUCUAACAGACCUGGGCCAGGCUCUGUGCAUCGUCACCGGGGCUUCCAGAGGCUUAGGUCGGACCGUGGCCAAACACCUGGCCCGUCUCAUAAAGCCUGGAUCCGCCAUCGUGCUGACGGCUCGCUCCGGUCAGGACCUGCGGUCUCUGCAGACGGAGCUCACCGGCGGUGACGGUGCAGGAGCGGGCCUGGUGGUGGAGUGUGUGGAAGCGGACCUCGGCCACAACGAUGCUCCGGGACGGAUCGUCAGCGCCGCCAGACGGUGCUUUAAGGCGGACAUGGAUCAUGUUAUACUAGUCAACAAUGCAGGCUCUGUAGGUGAUGUGUCUCACUUCUUUCGGAACUUCACCAACAUGGCUGAAGUAAACUCUUACUUGUCCUUCAAUGUCAGCUCCUGUUUGUGCCUCACUGCUGGCGUCCUGGACGCUUUCCCUCAGCGAGAUGGUCUCCGUCGCACUGUUGUCAACAUAUCGUCAAUAUGUGCCCUGCAGCCGUAUCCCUCCUGGUCGCUGUACUGCACGGGCAAGGCUGCUAGAAAUAUGAUGUUUAAGGUGCUGGCAAAGGAAGAGCCGGACAUCCGAGUUCUUAACUAUGGACCAGGACCGCUGGACACCGACAUGCUUGCAUAUGCUAAAAGUCACACAGCUGAUGAGAACCUGAGGAUGUCCUUCAAUGACAUGUGUGAUAAGGGUCAAGUACUGAGCUGUGACCAGUCCUGCUCCGUCCUCAUGAAGCUGCUGCUGGGCGACAGCUACGAAUCUGGAGCUCACGUUGAUGUUUACGAUGUCUAAGGGCGCACUCAACCUAGGGCCAGUUGCUACGUGCCGCGCUAAAGUGCCAAUUGCCCCCCUCCCUUGACCCCUGACCCCCUUUGGCCCAGACUUACAUUACCCCAUAGGCGAGCGAGCUAAAGCCCGGUUACCUCCGACACGUGUGUCAAUGACUGUUGUUCACAGAGCGAUCGAGAGCAAAUUGACAACAACUGCCGCUGCUUUGUGAACGAUCUUUAAUGUAGUCGGCCCUCUGAUCAUCGUGAUGCUUUGUGAACUAUCAGCCCUAACCAAUGUCUUGAUGUAUUGACUGCGUGAGUCGGCGAUUGGCAGAUUUUUCGGAGGUAGCACGAGAUGUACUUAGCAACAUUUGCACUCACACUAGUGCUGGGAUCCAUGCUUUAGGGGGCAAUUGUGCUUGGGUGCGGUACAACGGCCGUAGCGUGAGCGCACCAUAAACCACACCGGUGUGGCAUUGAUCUAGUUGUGCCUUAAUAUUAGUUGAACACGUUGAUUGUGGCCAUUAACCCUACGGUAUUAAUGUAUGCACAAAUAUGUGUUAGUGUGUAUGUAUAUAUAUAUGUAUAUAUAUAAAUUUACAGUGGAAACCCUGAGAUACUAGCUACCUAAAAUCUUUCCAAGUCUAUUAAUGUGCAACUAUUGCAAACUUUUCCUUGUGAUACGAGGAAAUAUCCAGUUACGAGUGCUCUGGCGUCCAUUCAGUCGUACGGCAUGGGGGCAUAGUUACAUAAAAUGGUCUUCUUAAUUAUUAUUAUUUUAUAUGAUCAAUACAUUGUUUAUAUAUACGUUGUUGAUGAUUGGGGGAGGGUUGAUUUAAUUAAUUAAUAGUAUAUUUCUGGGGUGAUGCAACGAAUUAAUUGGUUUUGUUAUUUUGUGGAACGGGUUAGACUCCUAUCUAGGAGUUCCACUCUGUAGUGAUUGAUUGAUAUCUAUUUCUAUAAAGGACAAAUGAUGCACCAAACUUGAUAUAGAUUCAUAAAACGUGUUAUAUUUAAGAGGCCUAAAAAACCUGUUUUCCAUUGCUGCUCUUUUGAAAGGACCAACAUAAUGACUGCACCUGUUGAUAAUGCUGUCAUGUUACAUAUUAAACGAUACUGUGUAGCAAAAAGCUAGAAGUUAAAGACGAAGAGUUUGUCUUUUUGUGUUAAUAAAAUAAAAUCUACCACGGUUUUCUUCACAA